AUGUUUGAAGCUAAGGUUGCUAAUGAAACUCAUGGGCAUGUUGGUGCUGACCUGGCUGCCUUAUGUUCUGAAGCUGCUCUUCAGGCUAUUAGGAAAAAGAUGGAUGUUAUUGAUUUGGAAGAUGAAACCAUUGAUGCUGAAGUCAUGAAUUCACUUGCAGUUACCAUGGAUGAUUUCAGGUGGGCAUUGAGCCAGAGCAAUCCAUCAGCACUGCGUGAGACUGUGGUUGAGGUGCCUCAGGUAACGUGGGACGACAUUGGUGGACUGGAGGAUGUGAAGAGGGAACUUCAAGAACUUGUACAAUAUCCUGUGGAACAUCCAGACAAAUUCCUGAAAUUUGGCAUGACGCCUUCAAAGGGUGUACUAUUCUAUGGGCCGCCUGGCUGUGGUAAAACUUUGCUGGCAAAAGCCAUUGCAAAUGAAUGCCAGGCUAAUUUUAUUUCAAUCAAGGGACCCGAGCUUCUUACCAUGUGGUUUGGAGAAUCUGAGGCCAAUGUCCGAGAAAUCUUUGAUAAGGCCCGUCAAGCCGCCCCCUGUGUGCUGUUCUUUGAUGAACUUGAUUCCAUUGCUAAGGCACGUGGUGGUAACAUUGGCGAUGGUGGUGGUGCUGCUGAUCGUGUUAUAAAUCAGAUCCUGACUGAAAUGGAUGGCAUGUCCACCAAAAAGAAUGUCUUUAUCAUUGGUGCAACUAACCGCCCUGAUAUUAUUGAUCCUGCAAUUUUACGCCCUGGACGCCUUGACCAACUUAUUUACAUUCCACUGCCUGAUGAAAAAUCUCGUGGUGCUAUUUUGAAGGCUAACUUGAGAAAGUCUCCUAUUGCUAAGGCAA